AGGAAAAAGAAACUCAAUCAAUGCCCCCUCAAAAUUCAAAAUUAAAAAAGUCUUUACACAUUAGUAGUUACACAGCACAUCUUAUUCCUUAUUCUCUGGCAGUUUGGCAUCCCACUCUGUCCAAAUUUUCUCAUCCUCCCAUACCUAUCUCCUCCUUUUCUUUUCUUGCCUUCAAAAUCAAAACUACAUCAAUAUGGAAGAUUACAGAUCAAAAUCUUAUACUGAUGGUAGGAUGCAGAUUGAGAAAUAUUAUGAACCCCAAUUUUCUACUAAAGAUUUUAGGUCAUAUAGUGUUUCAUAUGCUUCUUCUUCUGUUGGUGCACCACCUCCAGUAGUACCACAGAACAAGAUGAAGAAAGGGAAGAGUACUAGUGGCUCAAUUUCAAAAUCUUGGAGCUUAAAUGAUCCUGAGUUUCAGAGGAAAAGGAGAGUUGCUAGUUAUAAAGUUUAUUCUGUUGAAGGCAAAGUCAAAGGAUCUUUAAGGAGAAGUUUCAGAUGGUUUAAAGACAAGUGUACACAGGUUGUCUAUGGAUGGUGGUGAUUCUUCUAAUUUUUUUGUCUUUUUUACUUGGUUUUUUUGUGGUUUUUAUAGUUGUUUUGAUUGAUCAAAAUGUUAUAUAUACUACUAUUUUGUUUGUCAAGAGGGCAUUUAUAGAUGUGGAUUUUCAAUGAAUUUCCUGCGGUUUAUUUUU